GGUCAAACCUCGAAAGUCGGAACGGACGGCAAAAUCCGCUCCCGAAAACUCUGGCUUUCAGGUUCCGCUACCUCCUCUACCUUAAUUUUCUGUUUGUUUCCCGAGAAAACUGAGGAAAAGAAAAUCACAGAAUGCAUUUCUGUGUUUUGUUUUCAUGAAAAUGGAAGCUGAACAGCCAAAAUAAUAUAAGGUUUUUAGUCAAAAGCUUCAAUUUCCUCGGAUCCCAAACAUUUCUGAAUCCUCGGAGUCCCCGAAUAAAGAUCUUUGCUUGGUUUUUUGUAAUUUUUGUAAUGUUUUGAUUGAAAUAUUCAGGGAGGAUGAAAGCAAAGAAUGAGAAGCAGAGUUGGUCGGCGGUGUCGCCGUCCGAGGUUGCCUAUCAUUUCGGCACCAGUGGGCUUUCUGUUGCGGCGGCUACGGCAGUGACUCAUCCUCUCGAUGUUCUUAAAGUUAGGUUGCAAAUGCAACUUGUUGGUCAGAAAGGUCCUCUCACUGGAAUGGGACGGUUAUUUCUCCAUACUUUUAAAAAGGAAGGACCGAGGUUUUUGUAUCUGGGAUUGACACCGGCAUUGACAAGGUCUGUUCUUUAUGGGGGUCUCCGUUUAGGCUUGUAUGAACCUUCAAAGUAUGCCUGCAAUUGGGCUUUUGGAUCCGCCAAUCUUUUUGCUAAGAUCGGGUCUGCAGGAUUUGGCGGGGCAAUUGCAACUGCGUUGACGAAUCCAGUUGAGGUGUUGAAGGUGCGGUUACAGAUGAAUCCAAACUUGAGUCCAGCGGGAGAACUGUGUAGAAUUGUUACCGAAGAGGGAGUGAAAGCUCUUUGGAAGGGGGUUGGCCCUGCUAUGGCCAGAGCUGCUACGUUGACUGCAUCACAACUAGCAACAUAUGAUGAAACCAAGCGGAUACUGAUUAGGUUGACAUCACUCGAAGAAGGAUUCCAUCUUCAUCUCAUCUCAAGCACAGUUGCGGGCAUGGUGAGUACGCUCAUAACUGCACCCGUGGACAUGAUAAAAACCCGUCUCAUGUUACAACAGGAAUCUAAAAAGGCUGGAAACUACAAAAAUGGGUUCCACUGUGCGUACCAGGUUAUGCUUACAGAAGGUCCCAGGGGUCUUUACAAAGGGAGCCUUGCAACUUUUGCAAGGCUGGGUCCACAAACUACAAUCACCUUCAUACUCUGCGAGAAGUUGCGCGAGCUUGCCGGAUUGAACGCAAUCUAAGCCUUGGGAUUGGCAGUCUGCAAUCGCUCCCGCUUCUGGCCGUAAUGAGAAUUCUUUCGAAGUCACAGAUAACUCACAUCACACUCCCUGCAAAUCCCAUUUAGAGGAAGGGAAUUACUUGUUUCGUGCACCGUCCUCCCACAUUUUUUCGCUCGAAUCUGGUUGUAUCCAGUUGAACAGCGUCUACAAUAACUGUUGAGCUCAUAUAUUGGUAUUGUAUGACAAUAAGAGAAAUGGUGAUUCAUUUCA